AUGCCUCCUCCGCACAUUCAGGUUGUUUGCACAGAGGACGAGGUUGUCGAGGCAGUCUCACCAAUUUCCUUGACCAUUACCCGGCGCCGGUCGCACACCAUCGAUUUUGGUCCAAAUCUCACUAUUCCCGGCCGAGUAAGCCCACAGAUAAGUCGGUCUACACCCCAGUUGCGGCUCCAGCUCUCAAUCCCCGCGGCAGCUACACAAAAACUCGGACUUGACAUCAAUUCUUCGGUUUCUCAGGAAGAAACACCUCAGUCGGAAUGUGGUCCAGAAACACCAGUGUCGACAACGUCCCCUGGAGUGGCCAAGGUUGUCGAUCUCACGAAGGACAUAACCACGACCUCGGUUUAUGCCGUAGCUCACGGCGGCCUAUCAGAUAUAUAUACCGGGAACUGGCACCGCACUUCUUCAGAUACAGGAGAAACUGAAGUGAUAGCAGUAGCAAUCAAGGUAUUGCGUAUCUUGGCCAGGAAGGAUCACGAUGGGGCAAACGCCAGAAAGAAAUUAAACAAAGAGGUGUAUGUGUGGCAUCGCCUAGAACAUCCCAAUAUUGUUAAACUAUUUGGUACCUCAUACCAUAUGUCGGGAAGACCAGCCAUGAUUAUGCAGUGGUACAAAAAUGGCAGCGCAGCAGAGUAUUUGGAGAAAAUCAACCCUGAAGCUGAUCGGUUGCGACUAAUCCUGGACGUUGCCAGAGGGCUGGCAUAUUUGCAUACUCACAGUCCCGCCAUUGUGCACGCUGACCUGAAAGCUAAUAAUAUUCUGAUUACAGACGAAGGACGCGCUGCAAUUUGUGACUUCGGUCUUUCUGAAGUAGUGGAGGAUCUCAAUAGACCCACGGGCUACACAUUAUCGACCCCCAAUGUUGGUCCACUGAGGUGGAGGGCACCCGAAUUUUUAGAGAACGACGGUCCUGCCGUUUUCACAUCCGAUGUAUGGUCAUUCGGAUGUACCGCACUUGAGAGACUGACCACUGACGCCUCCGUUUACCAGCUACUUACCGAUGCAAUGCCGUACAAACAUUGUAAAGGGGAUUAUCAAGUGAUCAAAAGCAUGCAAGAAGGUGUGAAACCGUGUCUUGCUGAUGAUCCUCACUUCCAGAAACUGGAUGAAAGGGUUAAGAAUCUGUUGGACGAUUGCUGGUCAUUCAAUCCUUCAGAACGACCGUGUAUGACCCAUGUACAGGCACAGUUGGAAGCUAUAUAUUCUCUCUCUUGA